AUGACUGGGAGCCAUUGCGAGAAUUGCUUCAAAGGUGUUCGCCAUGAAGGCACGCCAGAAGGUCAUCUCGAACAAUUCGCUGAUGUUGAAUGCUAUGUUUCUGUGCCAGGCGAAGAAUACGCACCAAACCAAGUGGUGUUGUUUCUGACAGACGUGUUCGGAUCAGAUCUAGAGUUGCAGAACAACAAGCUCCUCGUCGAUGACUUCGCUCGCAACGGUUUUUAUACGGUCAUGCCAGACAUGUUCGAAGGUGAUCCUGUGCCUGCUGACGCGUUGGACACGGUCACUCAUCGUCUGAAUCCUUCGUUCGACCGGGAACGAUGGUUUGCAGCUCAUUCUCCAGAGAAAGUGCUGCCCAUUGUCGAAAGAGUCGUCAAAGCUCUCCAAGCGCGUGGAAUAACGAAGAUUGCUGCUACAGGAUACUGCUUUGGUGCCCGCCCAACAUUCGACCUGGCGAUGAGGAACUACAUCUCCGCGUCCGCCAUCACGCAUCCAGGGCGUAUUGCCUACCCAGCCGAUCUCGAAAAAUACGCGUCAACAUCCACAGCCCCAUUGCUCAUCAACAGUUGUGAAGUGGACCCCGCGUUUCCUGACGAAGCGUGCAAGAUGGCCGACGAAAUCUUCCUGAGAUUCGUGUCGGGAUACAGACGGGAGUGGUUCGCGGGUUGUAGGCACGGAUUUGCGGUGCGUGGGGACAUCAACGACGCUAAAGUGAAAGAAGGAAAGGAAGGGGCGUUCAGAGCCUGCGUUGAGUGGUUCAAAGAAAAGCUGUGA